AUGAACCCCUAUGAAUAUAACUCCAAAGAGAAUACCGAACCACAACAUUUCCAUUUUCCAACGCUUCCUUCCAACAAGACAACAACAACUACAUCCUCCUCCUCACUCCACAAACCCAGUGCCAUUCCGAGAGUCAAGAAGACCCUAUUGUUGGAUCAACAGCCUUCUCAACCCGAACGAAAAGCUCUCAACAAUAUCAGCAAUCAACCAAACCUCCUUCAAGCUUCAUCCAAUUCAAUAUCCAAUUCAAAGAUCAUCAACAUCAUUCCGUCCUCUUCUUACUCUAUUCAAGUAAUUCCUCCCACAUCUUCUCGACCAUCGUCAUGUAAUCCAGACAUGAUGAUGAUGGAGGAUGAUCAAGAAGAACAUCAAAAUUCAACCAACUCUUCCGUGAAUCCAUCUCAAGCACCCACACAGGUUCCUAUUGAGGACAAGACCACCGAUGAUGAUAAUGCCAUGGCUAGUCCUUCUACAAUGCCUUUAACCAACAUGACCUCGAUACCACAAGAAACCAAAAAGUCCUGGAAAUUACAAGACUUUGAAAUUGGAAAUUAUUUGGGUAAGGGAAAGUUUGGUCAGGUGUAUCUGGCUCGUGAGAAGAGAACUAAAUACAUUGUUGCCCUCAAGGUACUCGAUAAAGAACAAUUAAAGAAGGAAGGAGUGGAGCAUCAGUUGCGAAGAGAGAUUGAAAUUCAAUCUCAUCUCAGACAUAGAAAUAUUCUGAGACUUUAUGGAUACUUUUAUGACAGACAGAAGGUGUAUUUAAUUUUGGAAUAUGCAGCUGGUGGAGAAUUGUAUAAACAAUUGCAAGAAUGUAAACGAUUUUCAGAACCUGAAGCUGCUCGAUACAUUUUGGGUUUAGCCAAAGCUUUGAAAUAUUGUCACGAUAGAAAUGUCAUCCAUAGAGACAUCAAACCUGAAAAUUUACUCAUUGACUCAAAUCAUGAAGUGAAAAUUGCUGAUUUUGGUUGGAGUGUUCAUGCUCCAACAACGAGAAGAACAACCUUAUGUGGAACAUUGGAUUAUCUUCCACCAGAGAUGGUAGAAGGCAAAGAACAUGAUUCUACUGUUGAUUUGUGGUGCCUGGGAGUUUUAUGUUAUGAAUUUCUUGUUGGAGAACCACCCUUUAUGGCACCCACACAAGAAGAAACCUUCAAACGUAUCAAACAUGUCGAUCUGAAAUUCCCUCCUUUUGUGUCCAUGGAUGCGCAGGAUUUCGUCAGCAAAUUGUUAGUGAAAGACACUCUUCAACGAAUGACUCUCCCAGAAUUAUUGAUUCAUACAUGGAUCACCACUCAUUGUCCAAGUCAUCAAGACAAUAAACUUUAA